AUGGCGAUGCUUCUUGCGCCUUACAACAACUCCAUGCGCCUGGGACAAGGUUUCAAUUCAUUCACACAGCAGAUAUGUAUGACUGAUGCAGUCACUCAGGGCACCCACGAUGUCCCUUCCCCGUACUCGGAAGAUCAGCAGCCUAAGGGGAUCAGUCAAAUUGUUUCGUACUCAUCUCGCUUCGUUGAUAAGCUCAGCGAUGUGACUGAUUUGAUGAAUGUAUCCGCUUCCUUGUCCAUAAAAACAGGAACAAUAGGUGGAGCCGUUAGCGGAACGUACAUUGACUCUGAUAAGUUCAAGGCCAGCGAUCUUAACUUCUUCAUCCAAGUCAAGGUGACGAACCAAACACAUAUGGCGCGCGACUAUACACAGUUCCAGAAACUAAAAAGUUUCCCACUUACUAGAUUCACUGAGAUAUAUGGUGAUUCAUUCAUAUCUGGAUGGGAGGAAGGUGGAGAACUCAAUGCACUCAUAUCAGUCAAAGUAAACGAUAAAUCCAAGAUAACCACGAUCAAAGGUGCAUUAGAAGCAGAGCUAGGAACACCGGCUUUGUCUGGUGCGAUCAAAGGCGAGGGCAAUUUGGACAAGAGCGCCACUGACACAUCAACGGAAACAACAAUAAAUGUCAACUGGAGCGGUGGUGGCCAAAUCAAGGACCCAAACGUCAUUUGGGACAUCAACAGUCUUACUCUCGCCGCGGCGAAUUUUCCAGAUCUUGUCGCAAUGACACCACAACGCACUUAUGCGAUUUUGACAAAGUACACAUCUCUGAAAAGUUUCCAUGAUACAAUGGGCUUCUUUUCCCCACUUGACUAUGAAAACGCUGGUAUCUAUACGGGCGCGCUUUUGGAUGCUUACAUGGAUUACAAAUCAAUCUGGAAGCAUAUUCAGAUCCUGAACUGGAAAUUCGAAUCUGGAACUACUGAAUUAUUCAAAUCUGAGCCCACCCAGGAGCUCCUAACCUACGCCAAAGAGUGCACCAAAGAGCGCGAGUCUGUACCUAAGCCUGCUAAUCAAGACACGACAUUAACCCAUACCAUUGACGAGCAUCUAGAGGGCUCCGAGCAUUCGUCGGACCUGCAAUCCAAAAAGCAUACUUUCAAGCCGAACGUCUUGCUGUGUGAACCCUACAGUCCUUCGAUUGUAGGGUUGAGCAAGGCCAGACGCGAUUGUCGGCUCGAGAUGACGAAAAUCGUUCACGAAGUUGAUGCCGUCACAGCGGAUCCAAGCAUUGCACUUCAGCCAGAUCGUGUAGGCAUCUACUUGGCCCCUUCGAUCUUCAGGCAAUUGCUUCCUGUAAAUAAGUCACCCCAAAGAAGCACUGGAAAGGUUACUCCAACUCUACCAUCGAUUUAUCCUGAGUUUGAUGAGCUCAGAGCCAGCAUAUCCAAACACGCUUCUCGCUACAAGCAAUUCCGACUUUCAGGAUAUCUGGGCGAUGACCUACCCAAGCCCGGAAGCGUAUUCUUCAACAGCCUCGAUAUUCUCGAGGAUACAUGGAUGCCAAAAAGUAUCACCAUCUACUCUGACGACUACCACCUCUUCGGCAUCAAAACCAUAUACAAUGAUGGAAGAGAGAUCCUUAAUGGCGACGACAAGGGCCUUCAACCCACAACGGUGGAUCUGGUCGCACACGAAAAGAUCGACGGUGUCAAGAUUGAGAGCCACAGCAGCUUAGGCAUGAACAGUAUCGCAUACAUUGAUUCUGUGACUAUUUCAUCAACUGUUCCGGGUCAACCUGGUCCAACUAUUAACGAACGCACAAUUACACCGUCAAAACAAUCUGGAUCUUAUGUGCAUAGCAGAGAUGAGAAAUCACCUGCAGAAGGCUGGAAUCUGCGGGGCUUCUACGGUUCGUACAGCCCCGGCGCGGGAAUCCAGCAGCUCGGUCUAGUCUGGGGGAAGAGUGCGUAG